UUUCCCUAACAUCCGGGACUUUUUUCAGUGUGUGGAAAGUGAAGGAGAGCAGAGGAAAGAAAGGCGGACUGAUGACAGCUGUCAGAGUGGACAGAAACACUAUCAUUCUGUGCAGUUAACCCAAAUGCCUCUAUCCAAACACACCCGCUGAUAGAGGACAAAAUCCCCGGGAGAAUCACUGCCUUGCUCAAAGGUGUCGCGAAGGUAUCUUCAGCCAGCCCUGUCAUUUUCCCAGCCUCACACUUUGGUGCAACCUCAGUUUCUGUGCUAGCAUGGGGACACAAGGCACCGGUAGGAAGCGUGCUCCUUUGAAAGAUCGGUUCUCCGCAGAGGACGAGGCUUUGAGCAGCAUUGCUCGGGAGGCUGAGGCGAGGCUGGCAGCGAAGAGGGCGGCUCGGGCAGAGGCCAGGGACAUUCGGAUGAGGGAACUCGAACGGCAGCAAAAGGAGCUUUCAUACCAUUCAUCCAGCAGCAGCAGAAAAUGGGGUCAGAUCCACCAGUGGAUGGCUGAAACAGAAAAAGCCCGAGCCUCCAGUAGUAGUAGGUCCAGCAACCAUCAUCACCGGGGGCUGGAUGACGAUGUUUUGUCAGUCCGCAGCUACAGGUCAACAUCAUCAGCUGUACGUGACCUGGGUUCUAACAAGAGUCGAUCCAGUUCCCGUAGAAAGGACGUCCUGGCUGACGGCUUCUCCUCUAGCUCCCUGCUGAAGAGUUCCCGGUCUACUAGUUCUGUGUACAAUGACCUGCGUGGCCAAAAAAAGGCUUCCUCCUCGAAGAAAGGGCUGCUGACUGGACUGUACCAUGAUCAAAGGAACUACAGCAGCCUUACGAAGCCCAAACCACCACCUCUGUCCUCCAGUUCCAGCUAUCAACCCCGGGCCACCACUUCCUCCUCGUCCUCCACUGUCGGUCCGGGAAUGUCCCGCAGCUGCAGCACGGCCUCUAUUUACGAGGACACUGGUCUUUACGGAUCAGGCUACAGUUCAAGAGCUCCCUCUGAAAUCAGCUGGUACUCCUCGGGGGCCAGCUCCACUCGCAGCAGCCCUGUGCACUCCUCCUCAGAUGAUGACACUGUGAGCAGCGUUUCCCAGGAACGCUGCAGCCGAGGCCGGCGGGACAGCAUGUCUUCAGACUUCUCGGACAUUAGCGAGUCAGCUGCUGAUUAUUUCAGCCGCUCCAACCGAAGGGGCAGCAUUGUGUCUGACCUUGAUGAGUUGAGCAUUCCAGAUUUGGACUCUCUGGAUGAAAAAUGUAACAAGCAGUAUUCAGAUUAUAGUCGGCCCUCCUCCCGCUGCACCACGCCAGGCCUCUCACCUGCCGCCCUGGCAUCGCUGGGUGGGACGUCAUCACGGCGAGGAAGCACAGACGCUGGUAGCAUCUAUGACCCUGACACGAAUCUGAGUGAACUUCGGGAUAUCUAUGAACUAAAGGACCAGAUUCAGGAUGUAGAGGGGCGGUACAUGCAGGGGCUUAAAGAGCUGAAGGAGUCACUGACAGAAGUGGAGGAGAAGUACAAGAAAGCCAUGGUAUCGAACGCUCAGCUGGACAACGACAAAGGUAACCUCAUCUAUCAGGUAGACACGCUCAAGGACGUCAUAGAAGAGAUGGAGGAACAGAUGGCAGAGAUGAGGAGGGAGCUGGAUGAAAAGUCAAAGGAACUAGAAAGACAAAAGCACACGUGUUCGGUUCUGCAGCAUAAACAAGAAGAACUCAAAGAGGGAAUCCGCCAGAGAGACGAACUUAUAGAGGAGAGCCAGCGAAUGGAGACUAAGUUAGAUGCCCUCACCAGAGAGGUGUUUGAUCUUCAGGAAACGAUAAACUGGAAGGACAAAAAGAUUGCGGCCCUAGAGAGGCAGAAAGAAUACUUUGAUUGCAUUAGGAAUGAGAGAGAUGAGCUCAGAGAUGAGCUCGCUGACAUCAAGGGGAAGUCCAAAGCAGGAGAGAAACAUGGACUGGUCAUAAUCCCAGACGGCACACCUAACGGAGAUGUCAACCAUGAGCCUCUUCCCUCAGGAAUCACUCUGGUUACUCAGGAGGCCGCCCAGGUGCUGGAGUCUGCAGGAGAGGGCCCGCUCGAUGUCAGGCUACGGAAGCUGGCGGAGGAGAAGGAUGAACUUCUGGCUCAGAUCAGGAAACUGAAGAAUCAGCUGGAAGAGGAGAAACAGAAACACUCAAAGGUGGACGGUACUUUCACAGACGGUGAGAGUAUGGAGAACGGUACAGAUCUACACAUUAUUGAGAUGCAAAGAGAUGCCAACAGGCAGAUUGGCGAAUACAAGUUCAAGCUUUCUAAGGCAGAACAAGAAAUGGGUACGAUGGAACAAAAUAUUAGCAGACUUGAAGGGCAGGUAGCCAGGUACAAGGCAGCGGCCGAUAACUCUGAGAAAAUAGAAGACGAGCUUAAGGCGGAAAAACGGAAACUUCAGAGAGAGCUGCGCACAGCUCUGGAUAAGAUUGAGGAGAUGGAGAUGACCAACAGCCACCUGGUGAAGCGCCUGGAGAAGAUGAAGGCCAACAGGAAUGCCCUUCUGGCCCAGUAGUGAGGCCAGCAGGCGUCGCAACAGAAGCCCUUAAACCCGCACCUCAGACCUUCGACUGCCAUUCUGCGUCUGAAGCACACCUUGUUUUCAGCUGUAACACGGGGAAAUGCGUAGCUAACCAAAACACUUAAAUCUUGUAGCAGCGGAAACAAAUUGAAACUUUGUUUUUGUGUUUUUGUAAACGUGGGAUUUUGUCCGGCAAGCGGCCGGCUAUUCUGGAGGAAGGACUUGGAAACCAAACUAAUAUCAGAAUGAAAGAGAUUGGGAGAUGCAGCUGAGGAAAUCCUCUUGUCAAUACUUAAUUUUUCAGAUUGUUGUAUCUGAUCAUGUUCUCCAGGAGACUUUUUCCCCUGUGGCUGGGUGCUUGGCUCUACUUUUUGACAGGUUGCAUGAAUGGGUCUAUUGAUGCUUUUAAACUAUUAAAUUUACUUGCUGCUCAGAGUCUGCACCUUCCCAGCUUCCCUUCACGCAGUGAAGUGCCUUUUCACUUUAGGAGACGGGAGGGGGGGCUCUGCACCACUCAGCGACACAAUAAUUGUUUGAACAGGUACGGUAUGAUGUAUUUAAAAUAAGGGUGCAGUCAUGGUAUGAAAGUAUUUAGAGACAACUGUGUCUGCGGCAGUUUCUUUGAAUUGUUUUUGCAAAUAUUUAAAGAUUUCUGGAAAAUAAAUGUAUGAUUUACA